AAGUGACACCCCUCUCCCCAUACCUAUCUGCAUAUUUCCACUGCCGGAUGUACCUUUGUACUUGCUCGGUAAUAAUCUCACUUUUAUGACUGAGUUCUUUUCCUGACCUACAGCGUUCUUUUGAAGUGAGCUCUCGUUUGCUUCUCAGGUCAACAUGGCCAGUGAGGAUCAGGAAAUCAUCUUCAGCGGCCGCCAGACGGACAGCAGAAGGUACGACCAACCGCUCUGGCCCUUCCUCAGGAGCAGGAUGGAGACGUUUGGAUCACGCGUUGCCCUGGUAGAUCCUUACACCGAGCAGCAGAUCUCCUACAAAGAUCUCAUCCCAUUGGCGGAGAAACUUGCGCGCGCACUCAUGAAACUGGGCCUCACACAAGGGAAGCCACUCUGCAUCGUUUCGCGAAACAGUGUAGAGUUCGCCCUCCUCAUUGUGGCGACGCAUUCUCUCGGUGCUUUUGUUCAUACACCAAAUCCACUGUCAGUACCAGGAGAACUGCGAAGGCAGCUAGGGUUGUCCGAAGCAAGACUGGUGGUGACAACUCCAGAGUUUAUUGGAAACGUUGAGGAGGCUGCAAAGGGGCUAAACGUCGAUGUAAUACUCGUUGGCCCACGGGACGGUCAUCUCAACUUUGAAGAUUUAGUGACCUUGGCUUCGGAUGACGUGAUCUUGCCUCCACCACCUGUUGACCCUAAGACUGCUAUUGCCUCCCUUCUUUUCUCGAGCGGUACCACGGGCCUUCCGAAGGGGGUUGAGAUAACCCAGCGAAACAUUGUAGCCUGGAUACACCAGUUUCAAGAUUACGACGGCUCGGUUCUGACGGUAGAUGACACCACCCUUCUGUUUUUGCAACUUUUCCACGCCUUCGGGCAGGUCCUCAUCCUCUCUGCAAGCCUGGCAAGUGGCUGUCGAGUCGUCAUACAAACCAAGUUUGAGAUCGACGAAUUCCUCUCUUUGGUCUCCAAAUAUAAAGUAACAGCUAUCUACAUGGUUCCUCCUGUAGCGAUCGCCAUUGUUAAUCACCCUAAUCUUUCGUCGUUCGACUUGUCAAGUGUGCGCCUCAUGCAUGUGGGUGCAGCACCCAUGGGCAAGGAGCUGGAGAUGAAGCUGAACCAGUUGCUGGGUAACAACUGCGUCGUGCAAGGGUAUGGAAUGACAGAAAACAUGAGCUUAACACUGCGCUCCCGCAGAGAGAGUCGUCCUGGCUCCUGUGGACGUCUGCUACCCAACACGCAGUGUAAAAUUAUCGAUCCCGUGUCGGGAAAGUCGUUGGGUGUGGACAGAACAGGUGAACUGUAUGUACGUGGCCCGCAGGUCAUGCUGGGAUACAUAAAGGAUCCGGAAGCAACAGCUCUCACGAUUGAUGGUGACGGAUGGAUGCGCACGGGUGACCUUGCCCGCAUCGACUCGGAGGGCUUCCUGACGAUUGUCGAUCGUCUGAAAGAGCUCAUCAAAUACAAAGGCGAGCAGGUGCCACCCGCCAUGUUGGAAGACCUUCUGCUAAGUCACCCUGCUGUUUCGGACGCUUGUGUCAUUGGCAAACCGGACCCUAUAGCUGGUGAGCUGCCCUUUGCGUACGUAGUUCCUGUGAAGGGAGCAAAGGUGUCUGCGCAGGAUAUAAAGGACUUCGUGGCCAAAAAUGUUCCAUCCUACAUGCAACUGAGGGGUGGUGUGCAGUUCAGAGAGUCCAUUCCCAGAAACCCCAGUGGCAAGAUACUGCGUCGGCUGCUAAGAGAUGAGCUGACACAGCAGUUAAGCAAGGCUCGUCUUUGAUUAAACUUUCUUCAGGUGUACACAUUUCCCGUACUUAUGAGUGGCAUUACUUAUUAUUUGGCGAUGUUGUAUUGUUAUAUUUACUACUAUUCAAUCAGCAAUACGAUUGGAAUCACGUGUUCGUAUUAUUCUUUGCAGUUUUUUUUAAUAAAUACAAGAGUCUUCAUUGCAUGAAGUCCCUUCAUUCACAAAGCUAAACUAAUAAAACAAAAACCUUACUCAGAAACUGUAGCAUAUACUAUCUCAGUGACGUGACGAAUGUGCUUGGUGAAUAAUUGUACCCAUGUCACUGUAUAAAGUUUUUAAGAAUCAUGUCGGUGAAAUGAACUGACAGUAUAGUUGCAUCGUCUGCCCACCUACUGUUUUUGUCUUGCUUUAAAACAAGAAUAAAACAUAUAUUAGUAUU